AUGGACGUGAAUGACAACGAGCUGGUGUUCCUCAACCAGCCCUUCCACGCCCUGGUGUCCACCGUGUCUCCGCGCAGCCACGUGGUCACUGAGGUGCAGGCAGUAGACGCUGACUCUGGGGAGUUCGGAAGUGUCCGCUACGAGCUGGUGCGAGGCAGCGGUGAGCUCUUCGCCGUGAAUAAAAAGACGGGUGAAAUUUCCCUGAAGCAGACCCUGAUGGCGGCCGACAAGACCUACAGCCUCACCGUUGCUGCCUACGACGGGGGAAAGCCUCCCCUCAGCUCACAGGCCCAUGUCCUCAUAAGGGUGGUGUCUUCUGAAGGGCCAAUGUUCACCGCCGCACGGUACGAAGCAGCCGUCCCGGAGAACGCCGCCAAGGGCACGCCCGUUGUAAGAGUGGAGGCCGCCAGCCCUUCCGGGGAGCCCAUCAUGUACACCAUUGUGGCCGGCAACACCGAGGUGCUGUUCGGCCUCGACUAUUCCACAGGUGGGGGCACCAUGGCAGACAGCAGCAAGGCCUUUAGUGGCAGUGGCUCACCUUGCCCAGAGCACACCAGUAUUAGUGAUGACACAUGCCAUGUUGAUCUUAGAGUCACACCACCACUAAAAUCUCACUAA